CUUGCACCAACAAAACAAAUAUUCAGAGUCUACACGGUCUACACCGACUCUCCGGAACCUUUCAACUGCUGGACCAGAUCUCGCCAUGAACGCUACAAAUCCCAUGGCUGUGGGCGUGACCAAUGGCAGCAAGGGCGUGCCUUCGUCCUCCUCAUCCUCAGAUUCGACUCGUGAACUCUUACUUUCCUUGGUGGAUGAUAUGGAAUUGGUAUGUCGCGAGAUCCUGGAGAACUUAAUCAGUCCCAAAACGAAACGAAUGUCUUCUUCCGACCAUCAGGAACUGGUUCAACUCCUGAUGACCAAGGAUGAAGACCUGCAAAAAGCCUUAAAGUUGGCCGAAGAGCAAGGAGAGAUUGAAAAGACAAUGGAAGAUGUGCGAUCGGAAGUUGAUCGACAGGAUGAAUCCAUCAAACAAUUGCAGAAACAAUUCAAAGAAGCGGAAACCUUGUUGUCCACCUCUAUCUUUCAAGCUAAACAAAAGUUAAAGGCCAUCGAAAAGGCCCAGAGCUCACCCGUUCUCUCGGAAGACCUCAUCAAGUACGGGCACCGAAUCAGCGCUUCCAACGCCGUUUGCGCCCCACCCAGCUGGCAGCAAGGUGACCCACGAAGACCCUACCCAACCGACAUGGAGAUGCGGCUGGGCUUUCUGGCCCGCCCCGAGGCCGCUACCGAGCGCCCGCCUCAUCUCUCGCGCUCCAACAGCCUCCAACCACCUUCGUCCUCGAGCCACUUGCCCGAUUUUCAUUCCUUCGCCUCGCCCUCUAAACCCGGGGGCGGGGCGGGACCUUCAUCGGGAGGCGGUGGACCCGGUGGGUUUUCUUGGCAAGGUGGAGAAGUGGGAUUGAUCAAGGAUGGUGCUCAUCAUCCCAUUGACACGGGCAAUAACACCGCCAAGGAAGAUGUGGAGGUGAUGUCCACAGACUCGUCUUCAUCUUCCUCGACGGACUCGAACUAACAGCACGCGAGAUUUUCCCGAUCAAUAAAGCAAUUCUCAAGAACAA